ACGACGAAGGCAUGUCGGGAAACGCCAAGCCGGAGCAAAACGAGGCAACUGGCAUCAACAAACUCUGCGCCUCGGUCCUGGAUGACUUGGCAAAAAUCAUUCGGGAAUAUCCCGAGAUUUUCCCGGACGACGUGCCAAGUGGACUGCCAACUGAACGACCCCAAGGCCACAAAAUCGAGCUGGAGCGCGGCGCGCAGCCUAGUGUACGAACGCAAUGGCGCUUGACUCAGCCCAAGCUACACGAAUUGCGGAACCUAUUUGACAACCUGCUGGCUAAAGGGUUUAUUCGGCCGAGCACGUCCCCGUUCGCUGCGCCGAUCCUGUUCACCCCAAAGAAGGACGGCAGACUUCGCAUGUGUACGGACUAUCGUGCCUUUAAUCAGGUAACGCUUAAAUCGCGCUUCCCAAUCCCACGCACGGACGAGCUGAUUGACAACCUUCGCGGAGCUCGCUACUUUUCGAAGAUCGACCUUCGUGGAGGUUGCCAUCAAAUUUGGGUGUUCGCUGACGACUGCCACAAGAUCGUGUUUCGUACUCGCUACGGGAGUUACGAAUACACGGUGAUGCCGUUUAGAUUAACGAACGCCCCCUCGACGUUCCAGCUCACCAUGAACGGGGUGUUCCGCGAUCUACUCGACAAAUGUGUGAUAAUUUACUUGGAUGACAUCCUAAUUUACAGCAAGACCCGGGAGCAACAUUUAAAGGACUUGGAAGCGAUUUUUCAGUGGCUGCAGCAUCAUCGGCUCCAAGUGCGAGCUUUUAAAAAAAGAAAUGGAGUUCCUAGGGCAUUACUUCGCAUCACUGACCCGGAACGGCCCUUCGAAGUCAUCACCGACGCAAGUGACAUCUCCAUCAGAGCUGUGCUCAUGCAAAAUUUCAGCAAUGGUCUCCAACCAAUCACGUACGAGUCUCGGAAAAUGCAAUCUGCUGAGCGCAACUACCCGGUACACGACAAGGAGAUGCUGGCGAUUGUCCACGCGCUCAAAAUCUGGAGGUGCUACCUGACUGGCGUAGACGUGGCGUUACGAAGCGGGACGGAUCGAAUUUGGGUCCCAAGUUAUUGUCUACUUCGCGAAUUACUAAUUCAAGAAGUCCACGAUUCGAAUUUAUCGGGACAUUUCGGGGUUGAUAAAACUCUGAAGGCAUUGCAGCAGUUUUAUUGCUGGCCAAAUAUGGUGACGUGUGUGCAACGUUACGUGGCCGCGUGUCCGAUCUGCCAACGAAUAAAAUCAUCACAUCAGCGAUCGACAGGACUGUUGCAGCCCCUUGAGCCACCUCAACGCCCAUGGCAACACGUGACGAUGGAUUUCGUUACAGGCCUGCCGGCCGGAUCUAGCGGAAACGACGCAGUCUUGGUUGUCGUCGACCGAUUGACGAAAAUGGCGCAUUUCGCACCAUAACGUACAACCAUUACAACCAAAGAAAC